CUGAACUUCGAUUCAUCUACUGCGCUUUGAUUUUUCAUUUUUCUGUUCAAAGAACUCGAUUUUGUUGCUGGAGUUUACUUGUGUUUACUUACUGCUGUUGGGAUUCUUAACCAUGCGUUUCUGUGUUAAUGUGUUCUCUGCGAUUUUUACCCCCCUUUUUGAAAUUAGGAUGUUUUCUGCUUUCCAAGUUAGGGUUUUUCUUUGAUGAAUGUAGAAAGUUGGGAACUUUUUUUGCUGGGUUGGAAAAUUGAAUUUGUUGGGUUGGAGGGAAAGUGGUUAAGAAUUAAAAUAAAUGGGCCUUUUCGGGAAUAUUUUUGUUUUUAUUUUGGGUGUUUUUUUAAUUUUAUUUUGUUGUUAUUAUUGGAAAUUUUAAUUUCUGGGUUGGAGGGAAAGUAGCGGCAACUGGCAAAUGUUAGAAAAAUGAAAUUUUUAUUUAAGAUAAUCAAGUCUCUAAAAUUCUUACUAAUGAACCCUCUGUUUUUAUGCUGCAUGCAGUACUUGACAUUUUGGGAAAAGAAAUUUUCACUCUGUUAUUGUAUGCUUCUUCCUGUACUCAUUUUCCCCUUUUUUUUUGGUUUCUAAAGCAUCUGUAUUUUCUAUUGGGGUUUGGGUUUUGGUCUUUGAAAUAUGGUUUCUGGCGUAAUUUUUGCUUCUGGCUUUCUUACUGUUUCUUUGCAUGAAUGUUUGGUUCUCUCUCUUUGCAUGAUAUAUUGGAAGAUUAUUUCUCUCUUGUUGAUCUUUGUUGAGUACGCUACUUUUGGAUGUAACAAAUGGAUAAUGAAAACCUGAAAACAUAAUGGGAAAAAGCAAGAUCAGCUCGGGGUGUAGGAAGUAAUGAAGUAAGUCUCUGAGCGAUUCUGCUUAUUGCCUAGAUGAUGACUGGUUAAGUAAUUUUAGUUUUUCAUGCUUAGGGAGAUAACUUUUUAACUUCACAAUGAUCUCUCUUUAGUUUGUGCUUAUUUUAGAACUACUCAUGCUUAUUCAUCACCGUAAAGUGGAUCGCAGUAGUAUUCUGAGUAAUUACCGUAGCUGAGUUACUUUUUUACUUUUGAGAUCAAUCUGGUUUUAUUUUUCUUUUUCUUUUUUUUUUUUUUACGAGAGAGGGUUGAAGUUGACUGAGAAAACUGUGCUAUAUCUUGCUACAUAGCUGAAUGUUUCUAACUUUGAUGAAGUGAUUAGAUUUGUGCUAGUCAUCGUUCUUAGCAUUCUGCUGAGCAAAUAUUCCCCUUCUUUUUGUUUUGAUGCCUUGUUGGUUGAAUACAUCAUUGAACAAAAAAGAAGAGGUGAAGCCUUGUCCACGAAAAACUUAUGUCGUAUAAAGGAUGCUGAUGUAUGACCUUGAGAAUGUUAUUCUUUUCGGUGAAUGUUCAACAGUUGGCCUUUUGUCAACAGGGGCCAGACGUGGGUUUUGCAGCGCAGGAAGAGAGUGAUAUUCAUGUGAAAAAUGAGCUUAGCAAUCCAAACAGAGAGUUCUAAUGCAUCACAAGUACUACCCGCAAAGAGGAGAAGGGGUCGCCCUAGGAAGGAUCGAAGCCUUAAUCAGAUGGGAGUUGCUCCUGUGCCACCAGGUUUUGAAAGAUUAAUUGGGAGCAGAUCCCGCCAAUCUGAUACAAUCGAUAACAAAGAUGGUAUGGUUGGUCAGGAAGUUACAGGGGUUAUUGAGGCCUCAUUUGAUGCUGGAUACUUGCUGGCUGUUCGGGUUGGCAACUCUCGUACCAUUCUGAGGGGGGUAGUUUUCAAGCCAGGAGACUAUACUCCAGUUACAUCGCAUAAUGAUGUGGCUCCUGGGGCUCAGAUGAUUAACAGAGCUGCAGUUAAUCUGCCGUUACAUAACCAGACGCAAACCAACUUAUCAUCAAUAGACAGAAACGGCCUUUAUCAAGCAUCUCCUCAAUCAGCAAGUACCGUCAUCUCAAAAGGAAAAAGUGUAUCUCUGACAGCAGGCCCUAUAAUUACUCAAGUAGGUGCCAGAGGCAACGUUGUUCCUGUAGUACUGCAGCCUCUGGGUCCCUCUAAUGGUGCACCACCUGUAAAUCCAGUUAAUAUGGAUGCAUCUGCUUCCGAUGGCAAAGAUGUGGUUGCUGCAGAACCCUUAGCUAUGUUCAUACCACCUGCUGCAUCAGCAUCUGCUAGGCAGUUUCAGGUCACCACAAAUCAACCGGUGCCUAUUCAAGUUCAAGUGCAAGCCGGCAAUCAAUUUCCUGCAGGAGGUGCUCCAAUUCAUACUGAUUCUUAUAACUCUAAGAAUAACGAGGUUCCAUCUGUUAUGAAAGAAGUGGCAGAAUCUCAGGAAGUGAACCCGUCUGCCCCUUCAUUGGAAGAACAAGUAACAGCAUCCCAAGGCUCUUCCGAAUCUUCAGAAAUGAAUCUUGAUGAUGAUGAUGAAGAAGAUUCAUCUGCUGGGACGUCAAAUACCGAGUCAGACCGAGAAGUUUCUUACAUUAAUUCUUCCUCUGUUCCCAAUCUCAGUACUAAUCAUACAACUGGCCGUAUGACUGAGCUCUUACAGGCUUUGCAGGAAACUUAUGAGAAUCAGAAGUCGCGUCCUGUUCCCUUUACCAAUUCUGGAGCUGAUGCUCAAGAAAAGGAGAACUCUGAAAUAAAUCCAGAAAAUGAGAGAAUAGAUGGAUAAGUGUUCUGCUGGGAGCCUCUGGAGAUCGCCAUUCUUCUUGUAAGCUUUCAAAUGGUUGAUGGGUUUUUCUACUCCGGUGCUUUUAGAUGGAUGUGUCCUGAAAUGCAAACCCCCCUACAGAUGAAGGACCAUGUUUAUUCAGUUUCAUGAACAGUGACCAGCUGCUGUAUGUUGAUAAUCGGAAAGUUUUUAAGUUCAAAUGAAGGUUGCUUAGGCUUGUAGUGUAAACUUUAGAUUAUGACCUCAGCUUUGCUGAACCCAUUAUUCAUGCACAACUAGAAAGUCUUUUGCUCCUUUAUUCGACGUGUUUGUUCAAUUUCUUCUCAUUAGCUUCAUUCCAAAUGUUGUUACUCUUGCUUUGUUGACAAUGAUCCAACAUGAGCAAAGUUCCCACCAUUUGGGUUCUUGUGGUUUAACUAUUAUAUCCAGUUCCAGCACGGACAAUCUGGAUGUUUAGGAUUAUGCUGGAAGAGUGUGCCAUUUCUUCCUCGCGGUCACUAUCUGUAUAAUGUUGCUAGUCAUAGAAGUAGCAUUACUUCAGGCAGCUCUGCUGCGGUUUGGGGAAGAAAGGUCCGAACAGCCAGUUGGUUGAAGUUCUUUGAAGGAGUUAUGAGCUGUGCUCCAUUGCCAUUUGGUUAAUCUUUUCCUCGUCAAGGGGAAGAGAAAUGCAGCUCGCGAGAGUGAUAAAUGCAGAAGGCAACCAUUUUCAUCAGCAUUCUCGAGGAAAUAUUUUAACAUCCUCCUCCCUCAUCGCUUUCGGUGACAAUUGGAACCCUUUUGAUGAAUGUUAUAAUAUCAACAUCCUUUGAUCAACAUCCUUUAUUCAAAGAUUCAAACUGUUUGCGGUUGGCCCGUCCCAGAAUCGCUGUCCAUGUUAGUAGUGAAGCAGG